CGCAGACGGGUCUCCUCGCUGUCCCUUGGGGAUAGCUAUUGCGCCUGCGCAGCCAGAGUAACAAGAUGGCGGAGAGUGCGGAACUGAAGCAAAUGGUAAUGAGCCUUCGAGUUUCGGAGCUCCAGGUGUUGUUGGGGUAUGCAGGGCGGAAUAAGCACGGGCGGAAACACGAACUCUUGACCAAAGCUCUCCACCUCCUGAAAGCUGGUUGCAGCCCUGCAGUGCAGAUGAAGAUCAAAGAGCUCUAUAGACGACGUUUCCCCACCAAAAUGGUGUCGCCAGUGGACCUAGCCUUGCCCAGCGUCCAUUCCGCCUCUAGCCUGCCUGCUGGCCUUGCCCAGCUGGGAUUUGACAGCCAUGGUUCCCCCUCGCCCCUGCUGCCUGUUUCUUUACUUGGACCUAAGCAUGAGCUGAGUCUGCCUCACCUCCCCUCCGCCCUGCACCCUGUACACCCUGAUGUCAAGCUACAGAGAUUGCCGUUCUACGAUAUGCUGGAUGAACUCAUCAAGCCAACCAGCCUGGCUUCAGACAACAGUCAGCGGUUCCAAGAAACAUGUUAUGCCUUUGCAUUAACACCGCAACAAGUUCAACAGAUCAGCAGUUCCAUGGACAUAUCUGGGAACAAGUGUGACUUCGCUGUUCAAGUCCAGUUAAGAUUUUGUCUAUCAGAGACAAGCUGUCCCCAGGAGGAUCAUUUCCCCCCUAAUCUGUGUGUGAAGGUGAAUGGCAAGCCCUGUAAUCUCCCGGGAUAUCUUCCUCCAACCAAAAAUGGAGUUGAACCAAAAAGGCCCAGUCGCCCCAUCAACAUAACCUCCCUCGUUCGAUUAUCCACCACAGUCCCCAACACAAUUGUGGUGUCAUGGACCUCAGAAAUUGGGAGGAGUUUUUCCAUGGCUGUGUAUUUGGUAAGACAACAGUCCUCUACAGUGUUGUUGCAAAGACUACGGGCCAAAGGAAUUCGAAAUCCUGACCACUCCAGAGCUCUGAUCAAAGAGAAAUUAACUGCUGAUCCGGAGAGUGAGAUUGCCACUACCAGUCUACGAGUCUCUCUCCUAUGUCCUCUUGGGAAGAUGAGGUUAACGAUCCCAUGUCGAGCACUGACAUGCUCGCACCUUCAGUGCUUCGAUGCCACACUUUACAUCCAAAUGAAUGAGAAGAAGCCAACCUGGGUGUGUCCAGUCUGUGACAAGAAGGCACCUUACGAGCACCUUAUUAUUGACGGGUUGUUCAUGGAAAUUUUGAAUAGCUGUUCUGACUGUGAUGAAAUCCAAUUCAAAGAAGAUGGAAACUGGUCUCCCAUGAGGUCAAAGAAAGAGGUGCAGGAAGUGUCUGCUUCAUAUAACGGGGUUGACUCUGAUUCAUGUAGGACAGAAACGUCUGAGCAGAAGCACAGCUCAUCGAAUGACAGCAGCAAGAAAGUGGAUGUGAUCGACCUGACACUGGAAAGCUCCUCAGAAGAUGAGCUAGAUGACGAGCCGCCUCCUAAAAGGGCCUGUCCCUCACUGUCUCCUGUCUCUCCGCCUGUAAAUAAGGGAGUAUUGAACCUGCACAGCCAGGCUUCACCCGUGACCAGAGCUCCCAGCAUGCCUCCUGUGGAGACGAGUUACAUUCCCCCUCCUCCACCUCUUAUCCAGGACUACCGCCAUUAUUACCACACACCUAAUGACCUGCCAGAUCUUAAUUUCUUCUCCUUCCUCCAAGGCGACAAUCAGCAUUACAACAUGGUGAUGGCCGCCGCCGCAGCUGCAUCUGCCUCAGCCUCAGCCCCAGAGGACCACGACCUGCUCCUAAACCGUUUCCUGCCCUACAGCUCCUCUCAGAUGUUCCUGGAGCAGCCGGGCACCCCUGGGAGCAGCACGCUGGCAGCCACCAACGGAGGCAGCAACAGUGGCAGCACCAGUAGCUUGGUGUCUUCCAGCAGUCUGCGGGACCGUGACAAGGACAGAGAACGGGACAGAGACAGGGACAGCCACUCCAUCUCAGGGUUGUCGAGGUCCUCAGCAGAAGCAGCGGCAGCGGCGGCCAUUUAUGGCUCCAUAUCUGACGUUAUCUCUCUUGACUAGAUCCACACAAAACUGCACAGAUGCAACUCAAGGGAGAACUCGAGAAAAGGAGUUAUUUGUAAAUAAAGAAGAGGAAGAUGAAAGAAUACAGUGCUAUGUACAGAGAGGAAAAUCUAUUUUCAAUUUUACUUAUCAUAUGUAUAUAAACUUAGGACGCUUCUUGUCCAGUGAGUUACUUCAGUUGAUAUUUUUCUGUGAAUACUGAAGACUUUUUCACACCUCUUCAUGUGGUCCUUUGAUUAUAUUGUACCUUUUGUACUUGGUUUUUACAGUUUUGUUUCAAUAUUCCAUGUCAAUGGCAUUAUUUCUAUAUAAUGUAAGUGCACAGAACCCUAUGAGGUGACACCUUAUGGAUCAUUAUAUUUAGAAUAUAAAGAAAAUGGGCAUUGAUAUAAGUGUGGAAGUGGCAAGCAACAGGAGAAUGUUUAACACUUUCUUUAUUUUCUAAAUGGCAUAAUUCCUGUCAAAAAUGUUUUGACAGCAGAACGAUCUGGCCAUUUUUUGCCAUCACUGUAGAUUUUUUUUUCUUUCAGACAUUCAUUCUGUGGUCAUUUUAUUAUUUUUAAGGAAUUAUUUAUGAUGUAAGUUAUGUUGGAUGUAUGCUGUUUAAAAAGUAUUCCCUGUUCCCCUAGGAGCUGUUGCCACUAGAAAUGCGAAAAGCGAAUGCUAGAUCCUUCUGUUGUCAUAACUGCACUCUUUUCCAGCUGAAUUCAUCCUUGCCUCUUUCAGUCAAGUCAAAUAUCAAGUCUAUUUCACAGUUCAGAGUGUACUUAAUAUACAUAUAAAUGGGAAAUUAGUCAGCAUUGUAGGAACAUGCUUUUUCAAUGUGGGAAUGAUUGGCAUUGGUCUAGCAAACAGCCUUCUGUCAUCAAAUUACGUAUUUGGACCAUUAUGCAAAUGUAGGAUUGAGAAAUAUGAAAGUUAUUUUUCUCACGUACAGCUGUUGUAUAUUGUGUAUUACACUGUAGGAUAUUACAGUAUCAGUUGGUGAAUCUCAGACUUAAUUCCAAAAUGUCCACUCCAAACAAGACAAGGCUAGUUUCUGGUCCACUUACAGUAAACCUUUAUUUGAACAGCACUAGAUUUGGUCUGAGUGCAAGUUGAUAAAUGACAUUUCACAGUGUCUUUGUUUGAUUUUAGCACUUGCAUUUUUUUUUUUUUUUUUUUUUUUUUAAAAGGCUCUUUUGACCAGUUAAGGGUUCACAGAUCUAGUUAACACUUAAGGCAUAAUGUUCAGCUUUGCAUGCCUGCUGUUGCGGCUUCUGCUAAUCACCUGAAAGCUCACUCGUUUGACUCCACUAUGCUGUUCCUUUGUGAGGCCAUAGGAGGCAUAGCCGACUUUGUUGUUCAGUGUCUUUGCAACAGCCUCAAAAUACCUAUAAGAUAACUGUGAUAGCUUAGGUAUUGAGUGUAUCACAAUGCAUUUUGGCCCAAAUAUGUUGUUUUAGCCCCACCCCCCAUCCUUCCUUUUUUUUUUUCUUUUCAUUGACUUGUGCUUACAAUUAGGAUUAUUUAUUAUCAUAUAUAUUUUCUGCAUUUGUUUGAUUCGUGGAUAUGCAUUGCUGUCAUUGUAUGUGAUAUUUCUUUUGUAAUUAUAUAAUUAAUGCUAUUUAAAGAUGUCAUUGUUGCUUGACAUGCAUUGUAACAUUUUCCGUUCUGUUUUCUGUCUGUUUUGCUAUCAAAUGAUGUCAAUAACACAAUAGAGGCUUUGAUCAUUUUGACCCGUUACAAGGUCUACUGUGCUGUUUGAUAUUUGUAUGAAUUAAACAGAUACAAGAAAGUG